GUUUGGCUCCCGAUCCAUGCACUGGGCGCCAAUUUCCUGCUGAUUUCCAGAAAGCGUGGCGUGCGUAGGUGGGUGCCGCUGGAAGCCGUUCCUCUAUAAGAAGCAUGCGACCUGCCAGUCCAUACAGGUCAGUGAUCAUCGUUUUUUUCCAAUCGCUUGCAACUUCUUCUUCUCCGCGUGGUCUCCUCAUACGACAUUCCCAUUCACUCGUGCCCAUACUACUACCCCGGAAAAACACACAAUCAUGGGUUUUUUGUCGUUGAAAAAGCCCGACGAUGAGGUCGGUGCCGCAUGGCCUUCCAUCAUGGUCGGUGCCUUUGCUGCCUUUGCUGGUAUUCUCUACGGUUACGACACAGGAACUAUCUCAGGAAUCCAAGAAAUGCCUUACUGGAUCGAACAAUUCAACGACCCUGCCGCCAGUGGAAAGAUCUCCCUCAUUGUCUCCAUUCUCUCAGUCGGUACCUUCGUUGGUGCUCUCGCUGCUGGUCUGAUCGCCGACUACACUGGCCGCAAGUGGGGUAUCAUCAUCUGCGCCGCCAUUCCAUUCAACCUUGGUGUCAUUCUUCAGGUCGCUUCCACCGAACAGAGUAUGUUCAUUGCUGGUAGAUUCUUCGCUGGUCUCGGUGUCGGUCUCGUCUCUGUUCAGAUUCCUAUGUACCAAGCCGAGACUCUGCCCAAGUGGAUUCGUGGUUUCAUCAUUGGUUCUUACCAGCUUUGUAUCACCAUUGGUCUGCUUUUGGCCUCCCUCAUCAACUAUGCCACCAAGGACCGCGGCGACAGUGGCUCGUACCGUAUCCCUCUCGCCAUCCAAUUCGCCUGGUCGCUCAUUCUCUGCAUUGGAAUGUUCUUCCUCCCCGAAACCCCUCGUUUCUUGAUCAAGAAGAACAAGCAAGAACAAGCCAGAAAGUCGCUUCACUUCCUCCGCCGCCUUCCCGAGGACCACCCCGCUCUCACCGCCGAGCUUGCUGAGAUCACCGCCAACUACGAGUAUGAGAUGUCUCUCGGAACUGCUUCCUACCUCGAGUGCUUCAAGGGCAACACUGGCAAGCGUACUUUCACCGGUAUUGCCCUCCAGUCUCUCCAGCAGCUUGUUGGUGUCAACUUCAUCUUCUACUACGGUACCUCCUACUUCAGCAGAAACGCUCCUGCCGACCCUUCCAUCCAGUGGCUGCCCAGUGCCUUCAUCCUCUCCGUCAUCACCAACGUUAUCAACGUCAUCUCCACCUUCCCUGGUCUCUGGGCCAUUGACCGCUUCGGUCGUCGUCCCGUCCUCCUUGCCGGUGCUCUCGGUAUGGGUAUCUCGCAGUACAUUGUCGCAGCCGCUGGUGUCGCAACAUCUCCCACCGACUACACCUCCGCCUGCGCCCAAUUCGCCUUCAUCUGCAUCUACAUCUUCUUCUUCGCCUCCACCUUCGGUCCCGCAGCUUGGGUCGUCACUGGCGAGAUCUUCCCUCUCAAGGUCCGCGCCAAGUGUCUUUCUAUGACCACCGCCGCCAACUGGUUCUUCAACUGGCUCCUCGCUUUCAUCACCCCUUACCUCACUGAGGUUCAAUACGCCAACCUCGGCCCCAACAUCUUCUGGAUCUGGGGUGGUUUCUGCUGGAUCGCCGUCGCUUUCGUCUGGGCCUUCAUCUACGAGACCAAGGAUCUUUCCCUCGAGGAGGUCAACGAGCUUUACAACACUGUCGGCAAGGCAUGGAAGAGCAAAGCUUACCGCCCCAUGAUCAGCCAGCAAAAUGGCGACUGGGAUGCCGCUCGCUCCAAGGCUGAGGCCGAGGGCAAGACCUCUGUCGCUCCCAGCGAUGAGAUGCUUGAGAAGGCAUAGAUGCUUUUUAUCAUGAUUUAAAUGUUUCUUGUUUUCCCACACGAGUACAGCUGUGAUCUGACUCGUUUUUGUAUAUACCCAAUGAUCUUAAUAUGGC